AUCACAUUUACAAAUUACUGUAUUGCGAGCUGUAUUUUAGGAAUAUUUUAUGUAGUAGACUGAAGAAUCAAUAUAGCAAUACUAUUUUUUGCUUAGAGGACGGUGAAAGACAUUCAAUAAUAUACUGCUAUACUGAUUUUUGUUUGCUAUUAUUCUAUAACUCAUGGAAGGUGUCAUCGAUGAAAUGAAGUUUGAUAGCAGUGGUGGAAAAUUACCUAUUUCUAAUGCCGAAAAUAAAGAACUCGAAACACAGCUUCAUGCAAAGGAAAAUGAGCUGGUGGUUGUGAAAAGGCAACUUGAUGAACAUGAGGAUAGGAUCCAUGCGAUGAGCACACACACGAAAAAUGUCAGACAAGAACUGGAAAACACUCAGGGACUACUGGGCGCAAGAAAGAAUCAGAGUGAUACGGAGCGUCAUCUACUGCAGCUGGCACAGAGAGAGGAGGGUAGGCUAAGGCAAGAGAUCCGACGGCUCACUUCUGAGCUUAACGAACUGAAUGAGAAGAAAAAAAUGCAAGAGACGGGGAUCUUCAGACAGCAGGAGAAGCUGGAGCAGCUGAAGUCGCAGCUGAACUGGGACCAGCAGGCGUUGGAAGCUUGGCUGGAAGAGUGUGCACGCCGCGACCAGGACAACUACACACUGCAGAAGUACACACGCCAGGACGAGAGCAAGAUCAAGGAGCUGGAGCUACAAUUGGAGAAGCGCACAGAAGAAGCCCAGAGGAAGAGGAGGGCUCUAGACAUGGAGACAACAGAGACACUCUCAGCUCAGAUGGAGUUGGAUAAGGCAGCGGAGGAGUUUAGGACUGCACAUGCGGCCCGGCAGGAGCUGAUCACACAGUGGGAACUCACCAUAGAGCAGAUGCAGAAACGAGAUCGCGAUAUCGACAGACUAGCCGUGGACCUUUCAAAGGCGAAGCAGUCGGCCAGCCAGCGAGAGGAGAUGGUGAAGGAGAAGCAACGCUUCCUCGACAGGGAGAGAGAGAACAACCUGGAGGCGGAGAAGAAGCUGGCAGCGACGGAGAGGCUGGCAGCUAAGCUACGACAGGAAGCUCAGAACAAGGAGGCACAACGGGUCCAGUUCCAAGAUGAGGUGGAGACACUGAAGCGAAUGGUAGACAGGACUGGCACAGAGCUGGAGAAUGUCAGAGCACAGGUGUCCCAGCUAAAGAAAGACAUACAGAGCAAAAGUGACAAGUUGAAGCAGGUGCAGGGAACGAGAACAGCCUUAGAAGAGAAGCUACGCAUGGCCGGGGAGAUGAAUCUAUCAGCGGAGGAGUACGCGUCGCGGAUGCAACUACAUCUGCAGGAGUAUGAGGCCAAGCACAAGAAAAUGGAGGAUUACCAGAUCAUGCAGCUCGAGAGCAAGAUCGCUAAACUUUCAGGAGACAAGACAGGAGAGGAGCGACAUGCGAUAGAAGCUCAGGUUAAGGAGCUGCAGGCAGAGCUUGAUGAACGCAUGAAUGCCAAGAACAUGCUAGGUCAACAACUAAAACAACUACAGGACAACGUGCGGCGAGUGAAGAAGGACAUGGAGCAAGUAGUGGCAGAGAAGGCAACGCUGACCAGCAAGAUAGAGGAGCUGAACCUACACAACGACAGCUCGCAUCGAGAACUGAAACGCCUUGUAUCGCGCAAGCAGGACAUGAUGGUGGACGAGAAUCUACUGAAGCUGGAGAUCAGGAAGCUGACGCAGAUGCUGAACUCUCGCUCUGGAGAGGUCACGACCUUAGAGAGGCGCCACCUGGAGCUGGAAACGGCAAUGAGGGAGCGAAGGCAGGACGUAGCCGUACACAGAGACAUGUUGAGAGCACAGCUGAAAGCAGCUAGUGACGAGAAGGCAACGCUGAGCACAGAACUACAUGAGCGAUUCUCCAAGAUAGACAAGCUCCGAAAACGGUAUGAGAUACUCAUAAUAUCGAUGGCACCCCCUGAGGGCGAGGAGGAAAAGUCCGAGGCCUACUACGUCAUCAAGGCAGCUCAGGAGAAGGAGGAGCUGCAGAGGACGGGAGAUGAGCUGGAUGCACAGAUAAGGAAGGCAGAGAGGGAGAUGAAAGCCCUAGAGAACACAUGCAGACUGAUGAACUCUCACAACGAGGCUUACCGAAAGACCUUCCACCGGGUCACGGAGAAUAGCAACGAGCAGAGAGAGACGGAUAAGCUGAAUGAGCAACUACGAGCCGUCACUGACAACUACAAGUUCAAGCGCUGUCAAGUGCGAGAGCGCGCCGAGGAUGUGACGACAAUGCAAAAAACUUUAGACAAUCUCAACCAGACGGAUCGAUUCACCAAGGAAGUUAUGGCAGAAAAAGAUCAGAAAUUGGCAGCACUCCAACAAGAGAUCGGGGAACAAAAAGCAAAGCUAUCGCGAGUCGAUAAACAGAACGCCAAGUACUCAAAGGAUUUGCGUGCGAGUAAGAAGACGAAAGGAGAGACGCUUGAAGAGAAAGACUUUGAGGUGCGAGAUAUGAGGGAGACGUUUAAGAACGCGAUGAGAACGCUGGGCGAUGUGAUGGCUGAGCAUCCAGAGAUAGUAGAUGAUGUCAACACACACUUCUCACAGGCUGGCCUGCCACCACCAUCCGAUGCUUCAUGCAGCACACCAGGGAGUCGCACGACAUCACGCGGAUCCCUGCCAGGCAGCAGGCCCGCGUCCGUGCGCAGCUCUCUGAGUGGCGCCCCCUCAGUGCGCAGUCCCAUGGGCGCGCGGACGUCCAUGUCGUCUGCCGUCGUCAGCCCCACGACACUGACCCUCGAUGUUGGCUCGUCAAGUUCGCCACCUGGCGGUGCUGCGAGUGUGGGCAGGCGCGCGUCACGAAGCUCGAGUGUGCAGAGUGGCUCUGGCAGCCUGCGUAGCGGCAACAGCUCGGGAAGUCUCCACAGCAGGAAGAGUACGGGAAGCGCCCGUAGCUCCAAGUCCAAGCACUGACGACGCACGCGUUAGGGGGCGUCGCUUCCUCCCCGCGCCGAGGCGGGGGUGCGAAAGAACCGUGGAUAUAUACGUCGAUGCGAUAGGCUUAGCUUCUAAUUAUUUACGAUGGUGUUGCUUACCAGUGCUUAGAUGCAAGGUUCGACGAUAUAGCUAUGCUGCGAAUAUACAGUGCAUUUUGCAAACACCACUGAUGAGACAUAUUCUCUCCUGCUCGCACCCUGAAGGUAGCAACACUUGUAGCAAACUGAAAUCACAGCGUGAAUCUGAAUUUGGCUAGUUUUUGUUAGCUUGUUGGUCAUUGAUUCCGCAGUAACACCAGUGUGCGAAUUGUAUGGCACGCACGCACGCACACGCAGGUAUGAACUCGUGUGAUGUUACAAUUAUUUCAGAGUGGCGAGAUGGUUGGUUCACUCACAUUUCAAAAUAUUCAUUCAUAUGUAUUCCUUACUGACGUCAUCAUUUAUUGUGUAAAACAAUAGUCUCAUGUGUAUUCUAUAAUAGCUGUGACAGCAGAACAAAUUUAUGGUUUAAGUAGACAAUUUUUAA